AUGGCAACCAUUAAGACUCUGUUGGUCGUCUAUCUCCUAGGCGGGAUCACAUUCCUGCCUUUGGUCGUUGUGUGCGGGUUGAUCGCCUUCUACUUUCUGUCCCCAAUUGCACCCGUUCAGCAAUUGAAGGCUGCACUUGAGUACCACCCGGUACCAUCAGAUGUCGAUCUUGAUUUGAAGGAGACGGCAGACGAGAGCGAUGACGGCGGCAAGAAGCCCGCUGAAGGUGUGGAUGUGUACAAGACAGGCUGGCUCCGUGUCGCCAAGGAGUUUCAAGUCGGCGGGAAGCACGCCGCACCGCUAGGAAAAUUCCAGUCAGUCCCAAGCUCGGGCUACUUGUCGACAUUCGCCAAGCGAUUCAUGUCCCAGAAACCAUCUACGCCCGGUUCUCCAGGUGCGAAUGCAAAGCGGGUACGGUCUACGCCUAACGAUUACUACGCUGUUCUGAAGCAUGGGAAUUUGUUCUUGUAUGACUAUGAGGACAGUCUUCAGCAUGUAAUUGUAUUGUCACACUAUAUACCAUCGAUAUACCCCAAUGAUCUCUUAGAGGGUGAGAUCUACACCAAGCGCACGGCUAUCUGCUUAACGAAAACUGGUGACGCGCCUUCAGCAGACGAUGCUUCUACUUCUUCGACGGCACCGUUAACGUCUAUUUACAUCUACAUUUCCAACAUGUCCGACAAGGAAGACUGGUACGAUGCCCUUUUGCGCGCAAGUCCAAACGUGUCGGCGCGAGCUCAGUUCUUCGACAAGCAGCACUUCUUCUCCCUCCAACAAACUCUUAAUUCGGGCGACAAAUAUUCCGAUACGAAGUGGCUGAACGCAAUCAUCGGUCGUCUCUUCUUGGCAACAUACAAAACACCCCAGCUCGAACAAUUCGUCGUCAACAAGAUUGUCAAGAAGAUCAAACGCGUCCAAAUGCCAAGCUUCAUGUCAAACAUCACGAUUAACGAGGUCCAUCUUGGAGAUGCAAUCCCAUACAUCUCCAACCCUCGAUUGCGAGAAAUGGGGGUCGACGGCGACCUCCUCAUCGACCUUCACCUUUCCUACAAAGGCAAAAUCCGCGUCGACCUCGGCACAACAAUCUCCCUCCCCUUCAAAAACAAAGAAGGCCGCGUCUCCCUUGCCGUGGUCUGCCAGAACCUCUCCGGCACCCUCCAACUCCGCAUCAAACCCGCCCCAUCCAACCGUAUCUGGUUCGGGUUCACGGAGAUGCCGACACUCGAUAUCUUGGUCGAGCCAAUUACCUUUGGGAGGGCGAUUACGUUUGGGAGGGUGUUGAAGGGGAUUGAGGGAAAGAUUAGGGAUGUCGUUAGGGAUUCGAUUGUUAGUCCGAAUAUGGAGGAUUUGCCUUUUUUGAAUACUGCGGGGGAGGUUUAUCGGGGUGGGAUUUGGGAGCCUCAGCAGCCGGUGCCUACUGUGGACCCAGUGGAG